AUGGAAGCUUUUCCGACGCAAAUUUUUCAUAUAAAUACAUCUACUUACAUUCCUAUUUCAAAAAUUAAAUCUCAAUCUUAUCGUCUUGUACUUCUUUGGACUAGUCUAUUUAAUAAUUAUUAUUGGCAUCAAGAUUUAUUUUUUAAUUUAUCUACAAUUAUUUCUUGUUCACCGAUACAUCAAUGUCAAUUUACACGUGAUAAGCGUAAAUUAUCUCAAGCAUCUCUCGUUGCAUUUCAUUUGUAUGAUAUAAACAGAAUUCAAUUACCGGAAAGAAAACAAUUAAAAAAUAAUAAUCAAAAUUGGAUAUUUAUUACAGGUGAAAGUCCAAUUAAUUUUUAUUAUCAAAAUCCAUCAUUUUAUCCACAAACAUUGGAUCAAUAUUUCGAUAGAUCAAUAUCAUAUAAAUAUGAUUCGCUAUUUUCAAUAUUUUCACCAAUAGUAAAAUCUCAAAUAUUAUCUAAAGAAAUAUCAAAUUUAUCAUUAUCAUAUAAAACUAAAAUACAAUAUGAACGACAAUUGAAUAUAAAAAGUUUAAAAUCUAAAAAAAAACCAAUUGCAUGGAUUGUAUCGAAUUGUAUAACAUUUUCUCAACGUGAAAAAUAUGUUGAAAAUUUAAAAAAAUUUAUUCAAGUUGAUAUUUAUGGUAAAUGUGGUAUUUCAUGCUCAAAAGAAAAUAAUGAUCAAUGUAAUAUUAAUCUUGAUGAAUAUUAUUUUUAUUUAGCAUUUGAAAAUACACGUUGUAAUUCAUAUAUAACAGAAAAAUUUUGGAAUAUUAUUUCUGAUAAUACUCAUCGUCUUGUACCGAUUGUUAUGGGUGCAAAUGAUAAUGAUUAUGAACGUAUAGCACCUAAACAAUCUUAUAUUCAUGUUAAUAAUUAUAAAACACCUGAAAAUCUUGCUAAAUAUCUUAAUUAUCUUAUUAAUGAUCCUGAAAAAUAUCUUAAAUAUCUUCAAUGGCGUGAACAUACAAAAAUUGAAUCAAAAAUUCCUACAACAUGGAUGAGUCUUUUAUGUCCUCUAUGUCAGAUGUCAUAUGAUACUCAAUUAUCAAUAGAUGAUCGACUUAAUUUUUCAUUAUGGUACAAUCCAAAAAUUGAAUGUCAUCAUAAUGAUGUUAAAAUGUUUACACAAUGCAAACAAACAAAUUUAAGAGUUUGGAUGAAUUGGAUACAUAAUAUCAAAUGUCCAUAG